GGUUGAAUGACCUUUAGGAUGAUGCUGGGGAAAUACAGUUCGGGGAGUGUUUUCAAUCUGAAAAGUUCUUGCGUAAAUUCAAACUUGAAUCCGCUGUGCUUAAUUUAUUUAACAGCUACGGGAGUACCGUGUUCAAACAACAAGAAAAGUAUUGUGGAAGCGAUAAUAAAGGGCGGAGGUCCAUUGCAGCUAGUUGUUAUAUUUAAUCGCUAAACGGCUAUGGCAGUUUUGUUGCAUUUGUUGUUGUGCUCCCCUCACAUUAACUAUCACGACGACAAAGAAGGACUUUGAUCUCGUACCUGCUCGAAUUCAGUUAAAAAUUUCGUUCAUUCUUUGGAACAUCUUGAAUGUGCAAGAAAACCGAUAAAGAUGCCAUGCACUUGUGGCAACUGGAGGAGAUGGAUACGACCCUUGGUGGUCGUCUUGUAUAUUUUGGGAUUGUUGGUGGUUAUUCCGCUGUGUGUUUGGGAGUUGCAGAAGUCGGAGGUUGGGACACACACAAAGGCCUGGUUUAUCGCUGGCAUUUUUGUUUUUAUGACGAUCCCCAUAUCACUCUGGGGUAUCCUUCAGCAUCUCGUGCACUACACUCAGCCUGAGCUGCAGAAGCCCAUCAUCAGGAUAUUAUGGAUGGUGCCUAUAUACAGCUUAGACAGUUGGAUAGCUUUAAAAUAUCCAAACAUUGCCAUCUAUGUGGAUACUUGCAGGGAGUGCUAUGAAGCAUAUGUUAUUUACAACUUCAUGAUUUUUUUGCUGAACUACCUGAGCAACCAAUAUCCAAGCCUGAUACUGAUGCUGGAAGCCAAAGAACAACAAAGACACCUGCCACCCUUAUGCUGCUGCCCAUCCUGGCCUAUGGGAGAGGUGCUGCUUUUUCGUUGUAAGCUUGGCGUUUUACAGUACACAGUGGUCCGACCAUUUACUACUGUUAUUGCACUAAUCUGCCAGCUCUGUAAUGUGUACGAUGAAGGAAACUUCAGCUCUGCAAAUGCCUGGACCUACCUUGUGAUUGUCAACAACGUAUCGCAGUUGUUUGCUAUGUACUGCCUUGUGCUGUUCUACAAGGCUUUGAGAGAUGAGCUGAAUCCAAUUCGUCCAGUGGGAAAAUUCCUCUGUGUGAAGCUGGUUGUCUUCGUUUCCUUCUGGCAAGCUGUUUUUAUUGCACUUCUGGUGAAGGUUGGGUUUAUUUCCGAAACUCACACCUGGGACUGGGACAGUGUGGAGGCUGUGGCAACGGGUUUACAGGACUUUGUCAUUUGCGUCGAGAUGUUUUUUGCUGCAAUUGCCCAUCACUACAGCUUCACCUAUAAGCCUUACGUCCAAGAAGCUGAGGAGGGCUCUUGUUUUGACUCCUUCCUUGCAAUGUGGGAUUUCUCUGACAUCAGAGCUGACAUAUCUGAACAAGUGCGGAAUGUUGGAAGAACAGUCCUAGGCCGUCCAAGAAAGAUGUAUUUUGCAGAGGAACAGGAGAACAAUGAACAUACUGGCCUUUUGUCUGGCGGCGGCGGAGGAGGAGGAGGCCCAGAUUUGAUCACAGAUACUACUUCCAUGCCACCCUCGCCCACUGGUCGCUAUCAAGGGUUUGGACAGACCACGGUGACGCCUCACUCUUUAUCCGCACCAGCGGGCUUCUCCAGGGACCCUCGGAAUGAAGAUGACUACCUGAGUUCACCUUCCCGAGGGGCCGGCGAUUUUGAUGAUCAAGAUAACUGCACAAUUCCUUAACUGACUUCAUUAUAGAAGUAAAAUGCUAAAAACAAGCCUUCUGUUUUGCAAAGUGUCCCUUUUCCCUCACCAAGCCUUCACCUGCAGGAAUCCUCAUGACUGGAGAUGUCGUUACACACAGAAGUCAUUGAAAAGUGACGUAUUUUACUCUCAUCAGUUAUCAAGUUGCUCUUGACGGUUCUUUCUAAAUGGCUAUUAGUGUCAUGCGUACCGACGUGCACAGAUAGCCAAAGACCAACAGAUUGUAACUCUUUUGUCAUUACGUAUUUACAGCAUGGGCGCCUACAUGUCGCUAACAAACUCUGUUACAGCAGUGGCUUAAAAUGGUGAAAGGCCAAACAGUAAAGAGACGCUCCGCUCCCCUCUCCUGCAGCCCCCCAGGCCAUCACUCAGGUGAGAUACAGGAGUGCUUUGCUCCCAAUGUUAAGUGACGGUUUCCCCAGAACGGUUUUUAUUCCAUGAGACGACCCUACCAUCUUGCCAAGUAGUCAACGUCUGGCAGGGUUAGGCUGCCCAUCCAUCAGUUUUCAGACAUGCUUACGUUCCGUUGAGGGACUCUGCAGCGGGCAUGCCAACUGUGCACUAGGAUUAGCAGAGACUUCCCAGAAUGAGACAAAGAUGUGUCCCCCAGCAUCAGUGCCAUUUCGACUAGUCUUCCAGAAUACCCUUUUUUUUUUUUCUUCAAAUUGUCACUUUGUUUUGUGUGACGAGGGACGUUCAAAAAAUUUCCGCACCUUUUAAGAAUUUCAAAUACAAAUGUCAUCACUUUUCUGCAUCGUCACCUUCCUUUGCAAUGUAAUUUUCCCAGAGCGUCAUACCAACUUCUUAAUGCCAUCAGCAAAAAAUGUUUUUGGUUGGCCGCGUAGCCACUGAUGCACUGCUGCUUUCACAUCGUCGUCAUCAUCACAUGACGCGUCGGGAACAAACGUCUAAGGGCUUGGGCGUUAUGCUCCUCUGUCAGUUGCUUAGGCCCCCACCUGGCACACACUGUCAUGAAUCUGGGCCUAUGUGGGCAGAUCCAACACUCACAUCCAGCUCUCCUGCACCCUCUUCUUCUGUUUUCACAAAUCAGUUCUUUCGUCAUUCCUUGUGGCUGUAGCUGGACGGCCAGAGCGUGCUCUGCAUCCGUCACACUAGGACGGCCAUUUUUGAACAUUUCAAUCCACUCCUAGAUGACUCUAAGAGAGAGAGAACUUGAUCUCCAUGAUGAGCACACGUGCAGAGAUGAAUUGGUGCUCCCGGCACACCUUCUGCCCACAUGACAGAACGCUCUUCCUCUUGGGUGCAAUUUCUAAGUUUCGCAGCCAUCUUCACCACAGGGUGACAACUCUUAAACUAAACUGCAAGGGCUUGCCAGACAGAACGAGUCACAUGACACGACUCUCAGACACGACCAAUCACUAACUCCUCCCACCUUCACCGUUUCUAACGACAAUAUAAAAAUGCGGAAACUUUUUGACCGUCCCUCGUAUUUUAAGGAAUCCAACACUAACACUUGUGUCGUCUUUGGGUCUGCUUAUCGCUCACCCGUGGCCCCGACCAACUGUAAUACAGUUCCAGCAGUAGAAGAGCACACAAGCGCAGAUGUUCAGAUUCCCCUUUGUUUUAAUUACUGUGGCCCUGACAUUUUGAGAUCUGGACUCUGACUCGGGCCCCUUCAAGACACUCGUGUCGUUGUGUGGCUUUGUUUUCGUCCUUCAGAUCACCCUGUCGGUAGAAUACAAAUCUUCUCCCAGGGCACAGACCCCCCUCAGAACUUUCCCCUCUCCCUUGACAAGCAGGCUUUGCGGAGAUGCUCCCAUUGUUAGGUGUGUCUUCACCCAACCCCGUCUCACUCUCUUCAUCAGUGAGUUUACAUCUCAUGUCCCAGUCUCUCGUGUUCGGACCAACUCUUCUGGACCAACAUUUGGCGUAAGCGGGAGGCUUACGUUACUUGACAUCUAGCUGGAGGGGAUUGUAAGACUUGAUGAUGAGGGCAGUUGCUGAUCUCGUCGACUGAAGAUGUCAGAUCGUACAGCUAGACAUUGCAGGGCCUGAUGAAUUACUUGACCCUGGGACGACUUGCCAGCACAGUUUCAUCGCCAGUGCACCCCUUUUCCUGUAACGUGCUUUGCCUGACAAAGCCACUGCUGUGCGAACGCUUCCCGGGUAUGGCGAUUUGAGCCACAAUCUCCCUUUUGUUUCCAUACUGUCAUAGUGCUUAAACACGAGACAUCAGACAGACGGGCCUCUCGUCUGUUUGCGAGGUUCAGUCCUCUGUAUUCCUCAUUGCUACACUGGACCUCCAGCUAAGUACUUGAUUGUCCUCAACUCUCACACACACGCCGACGACUGGACACGUUUUGUUUGGUGGGCAUGAGUCGCAAACUGUUUGGACCGAGUCGCUGGGUUUGUCCGUCUACAUGACUGGCGUUUAUGGGAACGGGCCGUGACUACAUUUAAACUUGAAAAUAGUUGUUUGAGUCUUUAAACUUGUCUUCUCUAAUAACAUUUUAGCUUAAUUCUGCCUCCUAGUGUAAUAAUAAUAAUUCUUUACACUCAUAUAGUGCUUUUCUCAUUACUCAAAGCGCUUCACAUAGGGAGCGGGGAGCCACUUCAGCCACCACUAAUGUGCAACAUUCACCUGCACGAUGUGACGGCAGCCAAUAUCGCUCCAGUACGCUCACCAGACAUGAAAGAUUAGGUAGAGACGGGAUGAGGAGGGUCCCUGAAUGUCUAGGUUGUGGUGGGCAAUUUAGCCAGGACAUCAGGGCAGGACCAUCUUAACAGCAUUAUAGGCCCCCAGAGAAAGCUGCGCACUGGGGAUCCCUACCUAUACAACCACAACAUUUAUUGCUGUAGCACAUUUUCAUACCAAUGAUGUCGCUCAAAGGGCUUUACAGGGUGAAGAAAGAAAAAAGAAAAUAUAAAAAGUAAUAGUUAACAUAGAAUAAAAGUAAGGGCCGAUGGCCAGAAAAAAUUCCAGAUGGCUGGAGAAACAAAACAAAAUCUGCAGGGGUUCAAGGCCACGAGACCCCCCCAGCCCCCUCUAGGCAUUCUACCUAACAUCAAUGCUCUCAACCAACUCACAACAUCCAUAGAUUAGCGUGGCGCGCAACUGCCAAGCAUGCCCAUGCGUUAAGAUGGCCCUGCAUCAGGAUACUCCCUACUCUUUACAAAGGGGUCUUUAAUGAUCACAGAGAGAGUCAGGGCCUCAGUUUUAUGUCUCAUCUGAAAGACGGCGCCAUUUUAAUGGCAUUGGGAUCCAUACAGAGACCACAGGGUAAGCGCCCCCUGCUGGCCUCUUUCAGCCCCAACCCAAGCUUUUCCUAGGUGGUCUCUAAUCCAAGUACUGGCCGGGCCUGAACACACUUAGCCUCGGGUGUCUCUCCAGUUUGAAAGUUCAGUAGCCUGUAAUAAGUCACAAAGUCGUCUUUGCUAUUUACACUCAAAAAGAUGAAACCCCACAGCCCCAUCUGGACUGAGCUGAUUCGCCUUUCCAGUGUCACAGAUGCAUUCUGGGAUUCUUAAGCCUGUUCGGCUUGUUUUUCAUUUCAAGUCCUUAAUAAUUGAAUUGCGUUACAUGGCUGCCAGAAAUCCGUCAUCUUCCUAAUUUGAACACAUUCAAGCUACGUGACAUGCUUAGGGUGACACGGUGAAGACUGAAGGUGUGAACAGUGGGGCCUGCUGUCCGAUUUGCAUUCCUUUAAACUCGCACCUCAUCGAAUGUAAGCACGAGGUUAUUCAGAAAAGCACAAAUGUUUGAACACUCAAUGUCACAUUACAAGUGCCACUAUUAACCUGAAAGUGUCACUUUCAGGUGGACAUAUUGAAUCGUCCCAAUCCUAGGGAGCUGCUGCACCCUGACUGGCAUCACAUCUAACUGUCCACUGAGCCCCGCUGAUGGCCAUUUUAGGAUGGGCUGCUCCUCCCGACGCAUUCAAUCUAACGGCACCUCUUGAGUUUCCAGUACAGUCAUCUCUGAUGUUUGUGGUGGUCCCCCAUGCAUUAGUUAGAUAAACUGUACUUUAUUUGUCCCAAGAAGGUAAAGUAAUUUUUUUAUGGCAACUCAAGAAAUAUUACAACAAAAAACAGCAACCACCGCCCUCAAAUACAUGCUGAGAAAACAUCCGACUUAACUAACUAUAAGGAGGGCCGUCACCGUGAGCCAUUAUGAAGGCCCCAGCAGCGUUUCUUGACACACUGCUGGUGGCUGACACUACAGUAGAGUGUCACAGAGUGGGUAUCCCGCGUUGUUCAUAAUGGCCGUAAGUUUUAUCUUCAUGCCCUGUUCCACUACCACCACCACUGCAUCCGGAGAGCGCCCCUUAAUCAGUUGUCUGGAUUGGGUGGUUCUCUGCUACCAGCUGAGCCCACCAUACUGGCCACCACAGCGCUGUCACUACUCACAUUAAGGAGCACAGUCUCCUAAGGAGAAAGUCUGCUCUGCCCUUUCUACUGUACCUCCUCUCUGGUACGAGAGCAGCCCAGACUCUCAUUGAUUUGGACUCCCCAUGCACACCACCUCCACAUCCACUCCCUGAACUGUGAUUGGUCAUACAGACCAGUUUACCAAAGAUGUCACCCCCCCAGAAUUAUCGGUCAAGCAGCCAUCUUCACGUUUAGCAUCCCAAAAAUGAUCCAAUUUUGCCGUACCAUUUUCAGGUUGGCCGUUCUUCCGUUGCAUUGACGCGAGUGUGAAGUAGAGGAAAUCUCUGCCGCCUCCUGAACGAACAAGCAACAUGCAGCCACCCCAUGAUAAAGCCACCAUAACCAGUAUGUGUCAUGGAUACACUAGCAGUUACCAGGUUCAUUCAUUUGCCAGAAGAGCAGCAACCGGGCGCAGGUCUAGAGGGGACACAGGUGUCACAGCACAGACAGAAGUCCAUCUCACAAAAUGGCCCCUGGGAUUCUGCGUUACGUAGCUUCCAGAAAUCUAUCACAUUCAGGCUAUGUGACACGCUUAGGGUGACACAGUGAAGACUCAGCUCCAAUCUGAAGGUGUGAAUGGCGGGGCCUGCUGUACGAUUUGCAUGCCUUUCAACUCUCACUUCAUCUAAUUUCCGUUUCCACGUCUUCACAAGGUUGUUCAGAAAAGCAGAAAUGUUGGAACACUCGAUGUCACAUUACAAGUGUCAUCAUUGACCUGAAAAUGUCACUUUCACAUGGACAUAUUGAGUCGUCCCAAUCCUAGAUCCAGUGUGUGUGUGUGUGUGCGUGUGUGUGUGUCAUGGAUACCCUAGCAGCUACCAGGUUCAUUCAUUUGUUAAAAGAGCAGCAACCGGCCGCAUGUCUAGAGGGGACGCAGGUGUCACCGCACAGAUUUCUGGGAUUUGAUGACAGAUAUCCAUCUCACAAAAUGGCCUGGGAUUCUGCAGGAAGAAUUCAAGCCUGUAGGCCUGGGAGAAAUAUGUUUAGCUUGUGCUGCCAUAACCUUUGAUAGGACCAGCCGAGGAGAGGGUGUGUGGGUAGUCGUCCUUGCUCUUUACCGUUGGGGAGCAAGAUCUAAAAACAAAACCUGAGAAACUCAAAUUCAGAACUGACUAAAAGCUGCCCUGACCUCAUUUACUUCUUUGCUGUCUGAAGCCAUGAUGGGGGGGGCUGCUGGUGUGUACAACACUCCUAUGACAAUGAAAUGAAAAGAAAUGCAGCCACACAUUUGCCAUUCCGACGCAUCCCGCGCCAUUUCAGUUUUAACAACUAAGAGGCCAGAGACAUCCUUCAGAUGUGACUUGUCGGUUUUCAUGCUUUCUGCAGCAGCUGUCUGUGUCGCCGUGUUCUGCCUUAAAUUCACUUCUGUUUUCUGCAGCAAAUUUAAAAAAAAAAAAGUCUUAAAUGUGCAAUGAACUGAUCGUAGUGAUAAUGUGGUAGAGCAAAAUGUCGACAGCGAUGAUUACGGAGUGUGUCUCAAUGGCCUUCGGGUGUACAUAUUUGACAUUUUACUGAAUAAAUUUAAUAAAAAGCUCCCGCUUGA